UUCUCUCUCGCGACAGGCCACUACGAGGACGCGUUGUCCGUGAGAGAGGCCGAGUUGUCUAUGCUGCGGCGACUUGGCGCAGGAGAACUAAACAUUCUCCUCACCCAGAGCAAUCUUGCGAGUACAUAUGAUGCUCUAGGACGUCAUCAAGACGCCAUGCGGAUGUCGCGAGACGUAUACUUCGGGCGUUUGAAGCUCCUCGGCCAGGAACAUAGAGACAGCCUCAUAGCAGCCCUCAACUACGCGUCGUCCCUUGUUCAAACAGAGCGCUUCGAAGAGGCCAGGUCGCUGCUGCGCGAAUAUAUGCCCGUGGCACGACGCAUUCUCGGUGCGGGUCAUGAUCACACGCUUAGGAUGAGGACGAUUUACGCGUCGACGUUCUCCCUGGACGCCAAUGCCACGCUCGACGAUCUCCGCGAAGCCAAGACGACGUUCGAGGAGACGAGAAGGACCGCGCAGCGCUUGCUCGGCGGCGCGCACCCGAUCGUAGCGGCGAUUGAUAUAGAGCUUGAAGUCGCGCGAGCCGCGCUCCGCACCCGCGAGACGCCGUCGCCGGGGGUUGCGUAA